AAUCGAAAGGUAGUAUAUCAUGUUAACACACGUUCACUCACUUUGAAUUGGUAGUGAGUAUAGAACCGUCAGGGUACGCGUACUUGCGCGUAUCCGCGAAGCAUAUAGCAUAUUGCUUUGCUUCUACCAUUAAAAGCAACGGACAUGUCAGUACCGAUACAAAGUCCGAGCAAAAUGUUAUACCGCAUAAAGUCUUGUCUCUAGUCACGGCCGUGCAUGCUUUUAUGUCGCGUGCAAAUAGUGUGCGCAACAAUAUUUGACAAAUAAAAGAAUUUCAAUUAUAGAUCUAAACAUUAACACAUCGCGUUUCUUCAAUUUAUUUAGCACAGUGCGUGUUUUAUAAAAAAAUUUCGGGAAUAUAAGUAUUUUCUACUAGGAGAAUUAUCCAAAACAGUGCGCGUGCUUUCAGAUUCGAAAGUGCCUUACUAUGUUGAUCAAGCUGCAGAUGACUAUUGUUCAAUGUAUUAAACAAUAAGAGGCAUGGAACAAUUCCAUGAUAUGAGUGAUGGAAAUAUACAUAUGAGUGAUGUCAUUGAAGUCAUUGAAACUGAUACUAAAUAUAAUGGGAGGGAAGAUCAAAUCCCAAGAGAAAUGAACACAGAACGAUUAUUGCCUUAUGUUGAAAUAAUAGAACAACCUGCAAGCAAAGCUUUACGUUUUCGCUAUGAAUGUGAAGGCAGAUCAGCUGGUAGUAUACCUGGUGUAAACAGUACAUCAGAAAAUAAAACAUUUCCUACUAUAAAAAUAGUUGGAUAUAAAGGUCGAGCUCUAGUUGUAGUAUCAUGUGUAACAAAAGAUCAACCAUACAGACCUCAUCCUCAUAAUCUUGUUGGAAAGGAAGCAUGUAAACAAGGUGUUUGUACAGUAGAAGUUUCAUCAGAGAAUAUGACAGUUACAUUUGCAAAUCUUGGGAUUCAAUGUGUAAAAAAAAAAGAUAUUGAAGAGGCGCUUAAAAUAAGAGAAGAAAUUCGUGUAGAUCCCUUUCGAACUGGCUUCGAACACAAAAGACAACCUACUAGUAUUGAUCUCAAUGCAGUGAGAUUAUGCUUUCAAGUUUUUUUAGAAGGAUCACAAAAAAGAAAAUUCAAUGUGCCACUACAACCAGUAGUAUCUGAUCCUAUAUUUGAUAAAAAGGCAAUGUCAGAUCUUGUGAUAUGCAAACUCAGUCAUAGUAAUGCAUCAGUUGCUGGUGGUAUGGAAAUGAUUUUAUUAUGUGAGAAGGUUGCAAAAGAAGAUAUACAAGUUAGAUUCUUUGAAGAAAAAGAUGGACAAGUGCUUUGGGAAGGAUUUGGUGAUUUUCAACCUGUUCAUGUACAUAAACAAACAGCAAUUGCAUUUAGAACACCGACUUAUCGUAUGCAGCAAGUGGAACAACCAGUGCAAGUAUAUAUUCAACUUAAAAGACCAUCGGAUGGUGCUACGAGCGAACCAUUUCCUUUUCUGAUGUUACCUCUCGGUGCAGAUGAUCCUGAUUCAUUAAGGCGAAAGAGACAAAAGAUUAAUAACAGCCAAAACGCGCUAGUUUUGAGACAUGUACAGGCAGAAGCUGAGAAGCAACCGACGGAAAGGAUAUCUCCUUACGGAUAUCCAAUUGGAAGUGGAGGAUCCUUUCCAUCCUUGUAUCCGAUGGCAACAACUUCUCCACAAUCGCAAUCUACUAUACAAACGUUGAGGCCACAAGUAUCGCCAGAUCGUACAUCGCCAAUGGAGUACAGAUUAUACAAUCCAGCACUUAUUCAAUCACAACCAUCACCUCAAUAUCCAUCAACAAGCAGUCAUAUCUUACAACAACCAUCAAUCAGAACGUAUACACAACAACAAUUUCCAUAUGUACAUGACACGUUACAAAUACAGCCGCAAGAACAAUUAACGUUAAGCAAAGUAACAUCAAACUAUCACGAAGAAUUUCAAUCGUUGAACAAUGCUGUAGGUGAAAUGGAAGCGACAAAUGUUACAAAUAUUUUAAGUAUGGACAACACGCAGUAUAAUCUUGAUUUGAGUCUUCCUCAACUUGAUUCGACAGAACUCGCCGAUCUUGAUAUUAGUCUUUCUGAAAAUCUAUCCAGUGGAUUAUCAAUUUCAGAUUCUACCAAGCCGGAAACAAGUAAAGGAAUAAACGCAGAACCAAGCAAUAUUGAAGAAAGUAAUAACAUGACCGAUAGUUUUACAAGAAUUGCUAAUAACACUAUUCAGGAAUUAUAUACUUUAAAUAAUAUGUAUAAACCAACGCGGGAGGUUGACUAAAAAGCUGUAUAUUUUAUUAAUCUUCAUAACAUUGUAAAAAAUAUGUUAUAUAAAUAUUAUUCUCUGAAAGAAAAUUUCUUUGCAUGAAUAUAUCAUGUAAUUAAUAUUUAAAUGGUUGUGAUUGUAUCGCAGUAUAUUACUGUGUAAUUUUUUAAAUUACUUUUUCAUUCGAUAAGUUUUAAACAUUGUUAAUAUUUUUAUAUGAUUUCUAAAAUUCUUUACUUUCAAUAUUACGAAUUAAAAAUAUUCAUUUAAGUAUACAAAAUGCUGUGACUGUGAUCAAAAUGUAUCGAAAUCUAUGUCUUGACAUGCAUGCAAAAUGUCUCAAUAUGAAUUAUUAUUGUAUACAAUACAAUAAAACUUAUAAAUGAAGAAAAUACUGUGUAUAUAUUGUAAGACAAUCUGCAUGCAAUAUUCGUACAAAUUGCUUAGCUAAAAUAAAUAUUCGCAAACAUUUCUGUUACACAUCUUAUACUCUUAUACAAAUGUUUGAUUUUUAUUUUUUACACAUUUAUAUAUUUACUACAAAUUCCUUUGUAAGUGGUAUGUUAUUUUUAUAUUAGGGGUAAUAUCCGAGUGCUACCUCUAAUAAUAUGUAUCCAAUUAAAAAUUUCCAAUAAUACAUAUUCCGUCCAGGUACGUUGAUUCACAUUUAAAAAAAUUUUUACCUUAAAUUUUAAUAUUAUGUACUAUGGUUGCAUUCCAUCAUAGAUUUUACACAUAUUUGUAAUAUCUUGUUAUCAAUUACAAUUUACCUGGUAUCCAGUAUCAUUAUCUUAAAAUCACUAUUAAUUACAGAAAUUAUUUUAUAAAUAAACAAUAUCAGAUACAAAUAAUAUUAUGCUUAAGUACAUAUUUUUACUUUAUAUACAGUUACAUCUAAGAAUACAUUAUAAUUUUACAUACAAUUAUACGUGUAAAUAAACAUAGAUAUUGAAAUUCAAUAAUAUUUAAUCUUGUGUAUCACAUAUUACGUACAUAUUCUAUUGUAAAUUGCUAUUUUAUAUUUACAUAGUAUAACUACAUAAUUCUUAAUUUAUAUGUACAUAGAAGGUACGUAAAAACAAUCUUAGUCUAAAUUAUCUUCGAAAAAAUAAAUUGUCGAUUAAUUGUCAAGUAUUAAAUAGGGAAAGACGCGUUCCUUCACAGAUACGUGAAGAAUAAAAAAACAUCUGUUGUUUUCCAAAAUGUAUUUACUUAAAAAUACAAUGAAAGUUCAAUUCUGAUGGAAUGGGCAGAAAUAUAGUCUGUGGUAUCGGUUACUGUUAUGUCGAAAGUGAUGAUGCGAUGGUAUCCUGUACAAAAGUAGUUUGAACAAGACUUAUGAACACACAAACCAAAUUCUUAGCCUAAGAUUUUGUUUACGUUUAAUCGUAUGACAUGUUUCAUUACCAGAUUCAUUAAGAUUCUUAAAUUCUUCUUUUUAUGCUUACCUAACAAAUGUAGGGAUGUAACGGUAUCUGGGCGCUCAGCCUGAUUGAUUGUAAGACCCGUUAGCACCAGUAAAUAAUUUUCAGAAUCACGUCAAAUACUGGAGCAGAGAAGAGUUCCGUGAUCUCUAGCUCAAAGUACACAACGUAAGUCCAUUUUCAUAUUUUUUGAACAUGUUGCAAACGGGGCUUGUAUUGUAUUAAUAAAAUUAAAUGGACCUAUGCUUACAGUGUAUUAUUGUAUACUAUGAACGCUAAAGUACUCAUUUUUGCUCAGGCACCUGUACUUUAAGAUAGUUCUUUGUCAACAUGAUCGUCAAGGUACUAUCUUGAAGUCAACACGUGUAAAUACAGCAGCAGAUUGUGUAUAAAAUCGUAGAAUAACAGAGUUCUGGAGGUGGUAUGGUCUGUAAACAAUGCAAUAAAUUGCUGUAUGACUUACGUAUCAUUAUAUACGGAGUAUAUUUAAAUUUUGUUAUUUCUUUCAUUUAACCAAUUGAAUAAAUUGGAUUUAUCGUACAAGUGUGUAUACAGUCCAUCCCAUCUCCUUGGAUUCAAUGUAGCAGGAUUCAGUCCACAAAUAGCAGUUUUCUUUUUUUUAUUUUAAUACUGCUAUUACUGUAAUUUGUUUUCGGAAGUUAAACCCAUUACUACUUACGAGAACGAAUCAUUUUCUCUGAUCUAACUGCGUUUUAUUUAACUAUCUCAUUCGAAAAUAUUUGUACAUUAAAACGUGGGACAUCGUCUCGCAUUCAAAUUAUCGUUACCUUUAUUUAUUAUGCAGCUAUGGUACAAUGGUAUCGUAACCGCAAUGUCUCUUCACCCGUUUCUUGUCUACCAGUCUCCCGAAAUAAGUGAUGGCAUGGACCAUUCCAUUUGCAAAGAUCCACUGACACUAACACAAAGAGCAUAUUUCAAUUGUUGAUAAUCAGUGAAAUGUGUAAUUCAUCAAAAAUUAUAUGAUACCAUUAAUAAAUCUGAAAAUAUGUUUUUAAUAAGAUACUAAUCACUGUAUGUAGGAUACUGUCAUAUAAGAUUACCCGUUCUACGACAGUCAACGAAUCAUUGCUUGAGUAGUCCAUGUCAAUGAAGUCAAAAUAAAACCACAGUACAUAAAAUACAAAUGAAUUACGUUCAAAUGAGUGCAAUUGAAUAGGGAGAGUUUUCUCAUUAAUUUUUUCAAUCGUCGAUAAUUGUUGUAUUAUAUUUUCAACGAUUUUUGAAAUGCGCUACGUAAUUUCGUUUUGAAAUCUUACGUAAAUACAAAAA